AUGAUAUAUCAAAAACUGGAUCCAGCGGACAAGGUGCUAUUUUCACUAACAUGCAAACAGUUCCACACAUGGCUGCGGGAACAGUCACAACAAAUCGAACAACAAGUGAUCUACGAGCAUGAAAGUCCUAUCAAGCGUGGAACAAUCCCAUCAACAGUCACAUCUCUUACAUUCAACGACUCUUUUCACAUUGCCAUUCCACCGGGAAAACUGCCGUCGAGCAUCACCUCGCUCAAGUUUGGUGCCAAGUACAACAGAAUGUUCAAGAAAGAGGUGCUCCCCGACAACCUCAUCGAGCUGACAUUUGGCAACAGUUUCAAUCGGCACAUCGAUGAUGAUUCAUUCCCCACAUCACUGAGAACACUCAGCUUUGGGCAAGGCGGCCAGUUUAUGAACAGCUUCAACAUGAAGCUUACCAAGCGCACUCUCCCAAGGGAGCUCACAUCUUUGACCCUUGGCGCAGCCUACAGACACCCGAUGGAAGCAGGAGUACUCCCACCGGCACUCUGCUAUUUUGACUUCUCUUUCAAUGCGGUGCUGAAUCAUCAAGUGCUCCCUUCAUCACUGCGAACACUCAAGUACAUGCGACAACUACCCGAGAACUUUGUCUAUCCCCGGUCCCUCACCGAGUUGAGCGUCUAUCGACAACCAACCACGGCGCCUGCAAGGAUCAAAUUGCUCUCCUUCAUCUCUGCUAGUAUCCCUGCUCCCGUUGCGCUGCCCCCGACGCUCACCUAUCUGAGCGUUGAGAAUAUGGUGAUUGCGCCACGAUCACUCCCUCAAGAAUUGCAAGUCCUGGAGUUUGGUCCAGUAUUCAACCAAGUGAUCGAGGAGCACAUCCUUCCGGUGUCCAUCACCACGCUCAGGUUUGGUGCCAAGUACAAUCAACACAUCAACCCAGCUCACCUGCCUUCGGCACUCACAUCGUUGUCGUUCGACAACUGCAACUUCCAGUUGCACACCCCCAACUCCCUGCCCAACUCGCUCCGUCGACUGAAAAUAUGCUCCAGCCCAAGCGACCAAGAGUACACCAGCACCGGGAAACCAUUCCGCGAGGCAAAGUUGACCUCGCUAACCGUCGACCUGACUGGCGAGGAGAAGUUCCACGAGUUUGUCACCCUUAACCUUCCAAGGUUGGUCCUAGCUUUCCCAACAAUCACAACCUUCAUCCUCACUCAUAGUACUUUAGACAAGGAGUGCAUCCUGCGAAUGACUGCAGAAGGUGGCGUAGUGGUGGCGACACAUCAAUACGAUCAUAGUGUGCCAUCAGCAUUUAGAUUCUUAACAAGAGAUCAAUUACUUGAAGCACCUGACCAUAAUGAUAAUGAAGCAACUUAG